GAUUUGUCUCGGCGCGGUGGAGAAAUAGUUUAAUGUUGGUGGGGGUUCGAUGGAGAGUUUAUUCGAGUCGUGGGCAGCUACUGAGUCAGUCUGCGCUCAGGGUGUCGCAGCCGUGAGGAGAGUAAAUUCACUGGAUCAGAUGAACUAGCUUUGCUUUCCGGAGGGAUCGACCUGCUCGCUGCGGGAGAACUUACUCGGACUGUUUGGAGGUCGCAGCGCAUUACACCAGCUGUAUUAGGCGUUUCACUUAAAGUCGACGACAAAUGGCAGAAGGAAAUUAAACGUCCUCUGGAUCUUCUGCUCUGGGGAAGCAGAACAGAGUGAUUUCAACACUUGCGACAACGUUCACAAUGUACUUCAACACAGAAAUGGAAAAUGGAUGCAUUGUUACGAGCCGUGGCAUAGAGGAUCUUGUAUGGACAAAGCUCUGAAAUUUUAGAAAGAAAUCCACCCUCACUGCUUGCGUUCUCCAGUCAGCUCCCUGUGACACCACCAUUCCUCUCCCCUUUAUUGGACUCGAUCAGUGCUGGUGUGUGGAGGCAGGGGCGUCUGCAGUUCUAAGUGCUUGUCCUAAAAGCGCUUCCAGGCUGUUUGAGAAUGACCCAACUUCACUUGUUCACCAUUCUUCUGUUUGAGGUCUGCAUCCUCCUGCUCUCUCAGACUGAAGCUGGUCAGAACCCAGACCAUGUGCUCCAGGGGGUCGGCGGCAAACAUGGCUCGGACUCCAGAAGACCAGCUCCUGGUUCGACCGUGGAGCCUGAGGACGCACCACGUUUCCUCAGCUGUUCCUGCUUAGGCCACUGCCCAGAGGACGCCAAGAACAACACCUGCAUGACAAAUGGGCAGUGCUUUGCCAUCAUUGAAGAAGAUGAAAAUGGAGAGGUGUUCGUAAGCUCUGGCUGUAUGAAAUAUGAAGGCUCUCAUUUUCAGUGCAAGGAUUCGCAGUAUGCCCAGGCAAGACGAACCAUUGAGUGUUGUCAGUCUGACUUCUGUAAUCGAGAUCUGAAGCCUGAACUGCCACCACGAGAGCCAGAGGUGUUCCUUGCUCCUUAUUGGCUGGCCUUGCUCAUCUCUGUUACUGUGUGUUGCUGUAUCCUCGUCUGCAUCACUGUGGUGUGUUACUACAGGUAUAAGUGGCAAACAGAGAGGCAGCACUACCACAGAGACCUGGAGCAGGCCGAAGCCUUCAUUCCUCCUGGAGAAUCCAUCAAAGACCUCAUCCACCAAUCUCAGAGCUCAGGCAGUGGCUCUGGACUCCCCCUGCUGGUACAGCGUACCAUUGCGAAGCAGAUCCAGACAGUGCGUCUAGUUGGGAAAGGCCGCUGUGGUGAGGUGUGGUUGGCCCGCUGGAGGGGGGAGAAGGUGGCAGUGAAAGUGUUUAACACUCGUGAAGAGGCCAGCUGGUUCAGAGAGACUGAGAUCUACCAGACCGUGCUUAUGAGACAUGAAAAUAUUCUGUGCUUCAUAGCAGCUGAUAUAAACGGUACAGGUGCCUCCUCCCAGAUGUACCUCAUCACAGACUACCACGAGAACGGUUCUUUGUAUGACUACCUAAAGUUCACAACCCUCGACACGCAGUCCUUGCUGAAACUGGCAUACUCGACAGCAUGCGGUCUGUGCCAUCUUCACACCGAGAUCUACGGCACGCAUGGCAAACCAGCCAUUGCUCACCGAGACCUGAAGAGCAAGAACAUCCUCGUCAAGAGAAACGGCACCUGCUGCAUCGCCGACCUAGGGCUGGCCGUCAAAUUUAACAGUGACAGUAAUGAAGUUGACAUCCCUCUGAGCACCCGUACAGGAACCCGGCGCUACAUGGCCCCAGAGGUUCUCGACGAAAGCUUUAGUAAGAACCACUUCCAUGCCUACGUCAUGGCCGAUAUCUACAGCUACGGAUUGGUCAUGUGGGAGAUGGCGAGGCGCUGCGUCACAGGAGGGAUAGUUGAGGACUACCAGCUGCCCUAUUACGACAUGGUUCCCUCAGACCCUUCAUACGAAGACAUGUUGCAGGUAGUGUGUGUUAAAGGAUUGCGGCCCACUGUGUCCAACAGGUGGAACAGUGAUGAGUGUUUGAGGGCGAUGUUGAGGCUGAUGUCAGAGUGCUGGGCCCACAAUCCACAAUCUCGCCUCACUGUUCUACGAGUCAAGAAAACAUUAGCCAAAAUGGUGGAACUCCAGGACAUCAAAAUCUGAGCCAUCUCUAAACUGGGUUUGUUGCCAACAAGAUCAGACUCCGUCCUGUUUAACACGGCCUGUGAGAGAUGGAACUCGAUGUCAGUGCCGUCUUUGCUCCUUCCCUGCUUGACCUGUGGGGAGCACGUGGAGCCAGUUUUUGUUUGUUUGUAUUUGUUUUGCUUUCUGUGAAAGCUGUAUGAUCACAGGCUUUGAACAGAUUCAGACUGCAGCUGUUAAAGUCUUGGGAUGGACAACUGACCCUUCUGCCUUACACACCAUUUUAUGUGUUUGUGUCAACUGUGUAUGCAUUUCUCUUUUUUUGUUUGGGAUAAACUUAAAUUCCUGCCAUAUGGAAGAACUUUUAUGAGUCUUUGCCAAGCGCAGUUAUAAAUGGACUUGUAAAUAAAAUUGUAAUGUUAGACUGCGCAAGCUAAAAAAGUAAGAAACGUUCCACUAAUAGUGGUUCAUAACGCCAGACACUUCAACCUUUAAUACUGUCGUAUUAGACUUCCCUGUGUACGUAUGUUGAGUUUAGUUAACACUUUAAUGUAGUUAGAAAUUAGUGUUCAGAUAGUUCACACUGGUUGCUAUUAGAAAUGUAUUAUGAUCUAUUCCUCCACUACAAUUCUAAAUCCUGUAUUUCUCAUUAUUUUAAGGGAAUAUUUUUAUUACAUUUUUAUUAACCCUUACUUAAAUAGAUGUUGUUUUAGAAUUGGUGUCCCGGUAUGGACUGACUUUCAGAAAAAUUUACAUUUAUAGACCAUGCAAACAGAAACACACGAACACACCAGCCUUACUUUACCUUUAUUGCUUUUCCAUGCCACUGAAAAAAAAGUAAUGAAUCACCAUGACAUGGUUCUUUAUACACAGGAAGUGUAGAUCAACAGUGCAGAUUUUAGUGCCAGAUUAAUACUAUGCCUUAUCAAAGUUUGCCAACUUUUCCCAAUGUUCUAAUAGGUAAAAUUAAAGUGAAAUAUAAAUGAAAAAGUUUAAAAAAGGUCAUAAAAAUGCUUUUCAAAAAUACAUUUGUUGGAAAAAUAUAAAUACGUAAAGAUGAUGGUGUAACUCAACAUACAAUAUAAAAUAAAAUAACAGAAAAAUUGCUGCGUAAGCAAUAUGUGCACUCUUUGGCCAGCAGAAAGUAUUUUGGAUGAAUGAAAAGGAUUCU